AUGUCGCAAGAUCAGACUCAACCACAGCCCCCGCUGCCCCCGCGCAACGAAUUCAUCCACAACUCUGCUAUCGCCGGAGUCAUUGUCGCACCCCUCGCCAUGCUUCUCCCGCCGCGAAAGAUGGACUUUAGGUUCAUGAUCCUCGCCGGUGCCUUCUCCAUCGCCUCGAAUCAGCUCGUCUACGAGUAUACUGGCUCAUCAAUCUACUCCCGCUUCGGCGGCCGCAUGGGCUCACUUGUCGGAACCGAUCUGCCCGAGGGCGCAAAGCGAACACAACAGCUCCUCCGAGAGCACCGCGAGAGAGAAGCGGCGGAGAAGCGCAAGGCUGAACAGGCACAAGAAGAGGAGAAGACGGGCGUGGCCAAGAAGCUCAACGACGUGUGGAUGGGAGGCGAGGACAAGGACUGGCGGGAGAAGCGGGCAGAGGAGCACCGACAGAAGUUCGAGGAGGGCAAAGGCAUCGGCGAUAUCAUCAUGGAACAGGUUGCGGACGUCUGGAGCGGCAACUGGGGCAAGAGUGCGAAGAAGCAGGACGGCGAGGCAAGUUCGAGCGACGAUGCCUCGCCAACAGAGAAGAAGUGA